GUAUUUCCAAAGCAAAAGUUAAAUUAUUACACGUCAACGCCAAAAAGACAGCCUUUUUUCAGAUGAGAUGACGGGAUAGCCCAUUUACGUUACGAAACUGUAAACCUAAUUUGAUUAGUUAAUUGAAAAAAAAAAAAAAAAUCAAUUAUUUGCGACUUUUCCACUUUCAGUUGAUUCAAUUCCGUUUGAUCGGAAUCACAAGGCAGGAAGUGGUACCCAGGGAGCAAGGAGUAUAGACAAGGGAUCCGCAGUGUUAUGCUGUCGCUCGAUCACUCCGGUCCCACUUGUAGUUUCACCACCAGAAAGCAAAGAAGGAACGGGAACACGCCAUGUGCUUAUCUCCCCCAAAAUUCCUCCAUUUUAUCAUACAAAGAGAGAAGCCUCAGGCACAAGCUGAGAGAGAGAGAGAGAGGAGCCAACCAUGUGCACAUUAAAGAAGCGUGGAAGCGUUUACCUGCUCACGUUAACCGGCACCGAUGAGCACAGGCUUAACCCUACCUUCAUGGAUGCGAUCCUCGCCGCUCUCCGCCAAGUCCGAUCAGAAUCUACGGGAGUUCCUGCUGCUGCUCUGGUCAUAACGGCCGAAGGUAAAUUCUUCAGCAACGGCUUGGACCUUCCAUGGGCCAAAGCAGCCGGAGCAGUCGGCUUCAGCGAUCGUAUGCGCCUCAUCGGUUCCAAAUUCAAGGAACUCACAACCGAAAUCAUAUCUCUGCCUUUGCCAACCAUCGCAGCCAUCUCAGGCCACGCAUCAGCCGGCGGCUUCAUAUUAGCUCUUUGCCACGAUUACAUCCUGAUGAGGAAAGACAGAGGGGUCCUCUACAUGAGUGAGCUCGACAUCAGCUUCCCCCUUCCGCGACAUUACAUGGCGCUAAUAAAGUCCAAGGUGGUAUUACCUGCGGCAUGGCGUGAUACGGUGCUACGUGCGGUGAAGUUCAGAGCAGAGGCGGCACUCGCGAGAGGUAUCAUAGAUUCUGCACAUGGUACGGUGAAGGAGACCGUAGAUGCUGCACUGAGGCUGGGGGAGGAGCUGGCGGGUAGGAAGUGGGACGGACAAGUGUACGCUCAGAUGAGGAAGACACUUCAUUCUGAGGUUUGGGAUGCGUUCGCCUCUGAAGACUCCAACGCCACCGAAAAUCACAUCAAGGCUAUCGCUUCAAGACUAUAGGAGCAACAAUAUUAUCCUAAGCUUCAAAGCCGUCCAAGACAAUCAUGAACAAUUAUUGUAAUCAUGCUUGAAUAUCUCUAAAUACUAUAAGCCCAAAAGAUUUUAAUUGUGAA